AUGUCGAAGCAGUCUCAGGCUUCGUCCCUGAUCAGUGCACUUGGAACACUGAUCGGAUACAUCGGUUCAGAAGCCGCGACCGAAGAUGUCUUCGAGCGACUGCUAUGGCCUCAACGAUUCUUCAACGCAGUAACAUGGCGAGAUGCAUUCGAAGUCGGCCUACUCCUGCCGAUGGGCGGCCCCAUCCACAAAGCCGCCCUCACAACCCUCGACAAAUUUCAUACAAAUGGCAUCUUCAAAGGCCGCGACCUAGGGAACAUGCUAGGAACAGCAUUCUUCCACGACAUGUCUUUCAAAUACAGAGAACAUGACCCCUCACCAGGCAAUACAGGCAAAGAAUACGUCCGCAACGGCCUCUGGGUGCAAGCCAUCUCCCGCAUCCCCACAGGCGAAGAGCAGAAACCGCUACUCGUCCGCGCCAAAUCCGCCGUCAACUUCCUCGAACUCUCGCACGUCUUCCAUGACACCAAAUCCAUCGACCCUGCCCUGGUCAUCGAGAACGACACCGGCCGCAUUACCUUCCGCACCCUCCUCGCGCUGGUCUGGAGCGAAAUAACAGCCAUUGCAACCGGCGCAGCGGUGCUCGGCUACUGGCGUUCUUCGUUCUGCCUCUUCUGGUUCUUCCCGCUACUGCUCAAGCUGCUGAGCGCUACGUGCAGUAUCAAGCGCGAAGGUCUCCUGCCCGCUCCCCAUCAGCCUGCAUCUCAAACCAAAGAAUGUCCUCCUGAAACAGAGGAGCCAAUAAAGCGCUUCGAAAUAAAUACGCGAGGGAAUGGCUUCUUGAUCAUCUCGGGCCCCGAGAGUGUUGUUCUCCAGUUCUUCCGCCACUACGGGCACCCUGUGCGCUCGCGCCCACGGGAGAUCCUUCAGAUCAUCAUCAUCAUAACUCUUGGCUUCACUUUUCCCGCGGGAUUGGUUGCGUCGCUGAUUUGGAUGCCAGAGGGCAUGCAGUACUUCUGGCUCGGAUACCAAUUGUACGCCACGAUCGCGCUUUAUGUGGCGCGGUAUACGAAGGGCAGGCAGUGGGCGACUACGGAGGCGAGGAUGGCGGCUGUGCUGGGGAAGGGGUGUGAGGACCCAGGUGGCGGGGACGGAGUCGUGUAUUUGAGGGAUGGGAAGGAGGGCACGGUGGUGAAGGGGGUGUUGACUCGAGUGGGAAUUGGGAGGUUUAAGGAGGGCCAGGAGCUGGUGGAGAGUUAUUUUGAUUCUAGGGGAAGGGAUGGGGAGGAGAAGAGGGGAAGGAGUGAGAGUGAGGAUUCGGAGGAGACGGUUGGGAAGUGA